AUGCUUCUUUCAAUCUGCUAUGGGAGGAGCAACUGGACUGGCAAGUCCAGUUUUGUCAACUCUGUUGAAAGUGUUUUACGAGGCAGAAUUGUUGUUCGAGCUCCAGCAGAUGCAAUCUCUGGGACCAGCUAUACCAAAAAAUACACGACUUACAAAAUCCAGAAAGACCCAGCAAGGUUUUAUUCUUUCAUUUUCAAUGACAUCAUGGGCUUUGAGCAAAACACCAACAGUGGAGUUUGUGUGGAAGACGUGAAAUUGGCCCUGAGUGGACAUGUGACAGAAGGUUACCAGUUCACUCCUGAACACCAACUGACCGAGAGUGAUCAAGGCUACAACUCAUCUCCCACACUGGAAGACAGUGUUCACGUUCUGGCACAGUAUCUUUAUUUGUUGUCGUAUUCCUUCAGACUAGCAGCCAGUGACAUGGGGAUUCCUCAAAUGGCUAUUCUCACCAAAGUUGAUGAAGCCUGUCCUGAGGUCAAAAAAGAUAUAAACAAUGUCUAUAAAAGCAUGUACCUGAAGCAACAGGUCGACGAAUUCAGCAUGUUGCUGGGUAUUCCACCAAACUGCAUCUUUCUUGUGAAGAACUACGAAUCUGAAAUCAACACGAAUGAUGCCAUUGAUACGCUGACACUGAUCGCACUGAGACAGAUGAUUAACUUUGGAGAAGACUUCCUCAACUACCUGUAGACCUACAUACCACUGAAACAAAACUUGCAUGAUCAAGACUUGAAAAAAACAAUAAUCUGCAUGGUAUUUUUUUUGUGUGAUUUUUAUUACAGUGUAAAGCAUGGAGUAUUCACUAUAUCAUGUGAGCCGUCAUUACAUCAUUAAUAGCUGAGUUAGAAAUGUUGUCAAAAUGUAUCUUAUUGUUAUUUCACUUGGAUGAAUAAAGGAUGAAUAAGCUGUAUACAACCUGGAUGGGCAAAUAAAAUGCUUGUUUAUAUGGAAAA